AUGGGUUGGAGAUAUAAGGCGGGUCUGUUUCUUAUUGCUGCUGUUGUUGUCAUCUGGGUUUCCUCUGCAGAAGUCACCCAGGGUAUCUUUGAAAACUACAAACAGCCCUUUGCAGUGACAUAUCUUGGGGCUUCUUUAAUGGUAAUUUAUCUCCCGGUAGCAUUUCUAAAGGAUUGGAUUAGUAGUCUGAUAAGAAAACGCUCUGGUAAAAGUUGCAAGAGUGUGAUAGGGAUAACUGACGAUUCUUGUGCGGGAAGCGCUUCUCCUUUGAAAGAAGUGUUUGAAAUGGAUAUAAAGGGGGCUUUGACUAGAAAGGACAGUGAAGCAGACCUUUCUGAUCAGGAAGAGGGGUUGCCAUUAGUUGCUAGAUUCGUGGAUGUCAAUAAGGAUAGUAAACAAAGCAAGGAGGUUUCUACCAGGGAAAUUGCCAUGUACGGACUCUAUCUGGCCCCUAUUUGGUUUGUUACCGAGUACUUAUCAAAUGCUGCCCUUGCACGCACCAGCGUCGCAAGUACAACCGUAUUAUCAUCUACCUCAGGACUGUUUACUCUCUUCAUUGGUGCAUUCUUGGGGCAAGAUUCCUUAAGUAUAUCAAAAGUGCUUGCUGUUUUUGUCAGCAUAGCUGGUGUUGCGAUGACAACUCUAGGAAAAACAUGGGCUGCAGAUGAUGCACAACUUAAUCCUUCAUCAGAUGGAGAACGCACUCUUGCGGGGGAUCUUUUUGGCCUUCUGUCUGCUAUUUCAUAUGGUCUAUUUACUGUUCUUCUCAAGAAGUUUGCUGGUGACGAAGGCGAGCGGGUAGAUGUCCAGAAGUUGUUUGGAUAUGUCGGCCUGUUUACACUUGUUGCCUUAUGGUGGCUUGUGUGGCCAUUGACUGCUUUAGGGAUAGAACCAAAAUUUACAAUCCCCCACUCUGCUAAGAUGGAUGAAGUUGUGAUUGCAAAUGGACUUGUUGGAAGUGUGCUCUCUGACUAUUUCUGGGCACUAUGUGUUGUCUGGACAACUCCCCUUGUAGCCACCUUGGGCAUGUCCCUCACCAUCCCACUUGCAAUGAUUGCUGAUAUGGUUAUACACGGACGCCAUUAUUCAGCCAUUUACAUUCUGGGAUCAAUUCAGGUAUUCGCAGGUUUUAUCAUAGCUAAUCUCUCAGAUUGGUUUACUAGGAAUCUUGGACUAUAA